GAGGGAGCGGCGGUGCGGAGGAGGUGAUGAGCCGCGGCGGAGGGAGGUGACCGGCCUGGCCGGGCCCUCCCCUCCUGUGGCUGGCUGUCCCGCUCGCUCCCUCACUUCGCCCUGCGCAGGGCUUGCCCUGCGCAGGGCUUCCCCCGCGGCAGCGGCUCCCGCCGCCCGCCUUUCCAGUCAGGGAGCGCUAGAGGGAGCGGUGGGAGGGUGAGGCGCCGCCGACGCCUGUGAGGGCGGCGAAGGGGUGGGACGCCGGGCGGUGGCGGGGCGCGCAGCCCGGCCAUGUCUCCGGGGGAGGUGGCGUCGGGCUGAGCGGCAGUGCGCGCAGCGGGGAGCGCUCUCCGCCACCAUGAGAAGGCUGCUGUUGCCCCUACCCUUGCCCUGCCUCCUGCUGCCGCCGCUGCUGUUGCUGCUGCCGGCCGAGGUCAGAUGUACAAUUGCCUGCACUGAGGAUUGCAGCCCAGAAAAUGUAACUGCAGAAACAAGAACCAGUAGUAAUGAUAAUUUAUCAGUAAACUCUACAAGUGGGAACAAAACCUAUGGAGGUGGAAAAUCAUCCGGGGAUGUGUCGCUAUCCGAUGGGGCGAUAAGUGAUUGGAACAAUGUAACCCAGCCUAGCAUGGUUUUUGAUCUCAAGGCAGAAUAUGUUGGUGCGACUUCUGUCAACUUAACAUGGCAGAACGACACUGCUUCCAGCGUCUACAAGUACAGGAUAGAGGUUGUAAAUGGUACCUCUGUUAGGAACCUGACGUCCUACGUCACCAAAGCCGAAAUUACCGAGUUAAUCCCUGGGACAUUGUAUAAUUUCACAGUAUUUGCGAUAACAAACAAUGGUGAGACAGAAGGCGAAGGGGUGUCCAUAAGCCUGUAUACAAAGUCCAGCCCAGUUCUUGAUCUCAAGGCAGAAUAUGUUGGUGUGACUUCUGUCAACUUAACAUGGGUGGUGAAUGACACUGCUUCCAGCUCUUACACGUACAGGAUAGAGGUUGUAAAUGAUACCUCUGUCUGGAACCUGAUGUCCAAUGUCACCGAAGUCAAAAUUACUGAGUUGCUUCCUGGGACGAUGUAUAACUUCAAAGUAUUUGCAAGACCAGUCAACAAUAUGAGCGAAGAGGAAGGAUUGUCUAUAAGCCUGUACACAAAGCCCAGUGCAGUUCUUAAUCUCAAGGCAGAAUAUGUUGGCGAGAAUUCUGUCAAGUUAACGUGGGCAGUGAGCGAUGCUGCUUCCAACUCCUACACGUACAGGAUAGAGGUUGUAAAUGGUACCUCUGUUUGGAACCUGACGUCCAAUGUCACCGAAGUAGAAAUUACCGAGUUAAUCCCUGGGACAUUGUAUAAUUUCACAGUAUUUGCAGUAGUGGCUGAUGGUCUGACAGAAGGAGAAGGAUUAUCCGUAAGAUGGUAUACAAAGCCCAGUGCAGUUCUUAAUCUCAAGGCAGAAUAUGUUGGCGAGAAUUCUGUCAAGUUAACGUGGGCAGUGAGCGAUGCUGCUUCCAGCUCCUACACGUACAGGAUAGAGGUUGUAAAUGAUACCUCUGUUUGGAACCUGACGUCCAAUGUCACCGAAGUAGAAAUUACCCAGUUAAUCCCUGGGACAAUGUAUAAUUUCACAGUGUUUGCAGUAGCUGAUGGCCAGACGGAAGGAGAAGGGGUGUCCAUAUGCCUAUAUACAGAGCCCAGCUCAGUUUUUGCUCUCAAGGCGGAAUAUGUUGGUAUGACUUCUGUCAACCUAACAUGGGUGGUGAACAACGCUGCUUCCAACUCCUACACAUACAGGAUAGAGGUUGUAAAUGUUCGGAACCUGACGUCCAGUGUCACCGAAGUUGAAAUUACUGAGUUGAUACCUGGGACAUUGUAUAAUUUCACAGUGUUUGCAGUAGCGGCUGAUGGUCAGACGGAAAGCGAAGGGGUGUCCAUAAGCCUGUAUACAAAGCCCAGUGCAGUUCUUAAUCUCAAGGCAGAAUAUGUUGGCGAGAAUUCUGUCAAGUUAACGUGGGCAGUGAGCGAUGCUGCUUCCAGCUCCUACACGUACAGGAUAGAGGUUGUAAAUGAUACCUCUGUUUGGAACCUGACGUCCAACGUCACCGAAGUAGAAAUUACCGAGUUAAUCCCUGGGACGAUGUAUAAUUUCACAGUGUUUGCGAUAACAAACAGUGGUGAGACAGAAGGCGAAGGAGUGUCCAUAAGCCAGUAUACAAAGCCCAGUGCAGUUAUUGAUCUCAAGGCAGAAUACGUUGGCAAGAAUUCUGUCAACUUAACAUGGGUGGUGAACGACACUGCUUCCAACUCGUACACGUACAGGAUAGAGGUUGUAAAUGGUAUCUUUGUUAGGAACCUGACGUCCAGUGUCACCGAAGUCAAAAUUACUGAAUUGAUACCUGGGACAUUGUAUAAUUUCACAGUGUUUGCAGUAGCAGCUGAUGGUCAGACAGAAGGCGAAGGGGUGUCCAUAAGCCUGUAUACAACUCCUGCCUCAGUGAAUUCAUUUCAGUGUGACCCAGUGGCCAAGGAGUCUUAUGUAAUGCUGAAGUGGGAAUGUCCUUCUGGUAACAAUUCUGGCUUCAGAAUUAAAAUAUGUAAUGAUACAUGGGCAAUAGAAGAACAGGCUCCAUCCUGCGUGAAAGAAGGCUCAGAGGAAACUUUUAGAUCAGCCUCUUUAGGUUAUUUCAGCACCUACAAUGUUACUAUUGUAACUCUUUCAAAUAGUUCUGAAAGCUCUUCAGUGCAGAAAAUGUGUACUACGAGCAUUACUGACCCACCUGCUCCAAGCAAAGCUCCUUUAGUCAAGGCAGUCAGUCACAGCUCGUUGUCUGUUGAAUUCCCUGAUUUUGAGUCAGUGAAUGGACCAUUAAAAGCUUAUGCAGUAAUGAUCACAACAGAAGAACAAGGUUGUAAGGCUUUGAAGUUUAAAUUGAACAACACGUACAAAGAUUUUGAGAAGAAGAUGACAGACACCUAUGUAACAUACAUCAUAGAUACAGAGCAGGCAAAAUCACCGUCCCUCCAUUCUCAGAAUCAUACAAACAUCGUAAAUGUAGGCAAGGGAAACACAAUGCAUGGCUACGAAAAUGGACCAUUGAUUCCACUUCAUUCAUACAGGGCCAGUGUUGCAGGUUUCACUAAUAUAACCUUUACUAUGGCCAACAUCAUUGCAGCGGAAGAGAGUUAUGUAUCAUUUUCACCCUGUUCUGAGGCGGUUUUGCUACCCCAGGAUCCAGGGGUUAUUGCUGGAGCUGUCAUUGGAUGCCUUUUAGCUCUAUUGGCUGUAGCCGCUAUCGGGACUUUCAUAUUCUGGAGAAGGAGAAGGAAAGACAAAAGAAAUACUGAAGUGUCCUUUUCGCCAAUUAAAUCAAAAAUGAUUAAAGUGGAGAACUUUGAGUCCUACUUUAAGAAGCAGCAAGCUGAUUCCAACUGUGGUUUUGCUGAAGAGUAUGAGGAACUCAAGUCUGCUGGUGUUCAUCAGCCCAAAUUUGCUGCUGAACUUGCUGAGAACAGGGGAAAAAAUAGAUACAACAACGUCUUACCUUAUGAUAUUUCUCGUGUUAAACUUUCAGAUCAAAGCUCUCCAACUGAUGAUUAUAUUAAUGCAAACUAUAUGCCUGGCUAUAAUUCAAAGAAGGCAUUUAUUGCUGCACAGGGUCCUUUACCCAAUACUAUAGAAGACUUCUGGCGCAUGAUUUGGGAAAAGAAUAUCUACUCCAUUGUUAUGUUGACAAAAUGUGUUGAACAAGCCCGGACAAAAUGUGAGCAGUACUGGCCAGACAACCAAUCCAAGAACUAUGGUGACAUCAUUGUGACAAAGGUCUCAGAGAUUGACCUUCCAGAGUGGACAAUAAGGGACUUCACUGUAGAAAAGUCCAACACAACGGAGAGCCACACAGUGCGCCAGUUCCAUUUCACUUCCUGGCCAGAUCACGGAGUGCCAGAGACAACAGACCUUCUCAUCAACUUUAGACACCUUGUUCAUGAGUACAGCAGUCAAAAUCCAAUCGACUCUCCUACUCUGGUGCACUGCAGUGCUGGUGUUGGGAGGACAGGGACGUUCAUUGCCAUCGACCGCCUGAUUCAGCAGAUCGAAAUGGAGAAUACUGUGGAUGUGUAUGGAGUGGUAUAUGAUCUUCGCAUGCAUCGACCUUUAAUGGUGCAAACUGAGGACCAAUACAUCUUCCUAAACCAGUGUGUUAUGGAUAUUAUUAGAUCCCAGAAAGACAAGAAAACCGAUCUUAUUUACCAAAACAUGACAGCAAUGGCAAUCUAUGAAAAUUUCACACCUGGGCCAGGCUUCGGGAAGGCCAAUGGCUACCAUGCAUAGUCUGGAAGGAACACAGUGUCUCCAGGAGGUGUUAUCUGUGCACAGGAAAAGGAGAUGUUCUACUCACGCUUUCUGAGAUUGUGUGCAUUGUCUCACGUCUGACUUCUCCAGUUCUGUCUGCAUUCGAAGAUGUGAUCUACAGGAGGAAAAACACAAUGCUGGCAGGAGACGCAGGUUGAUAAUAAAAAAAAACAACAACCCCAAACAAAACAAUUUAAAGUUAACAGAGGAAUCUCACUUUUUCUUGGGAAUUUAACAGUGCUGAUAGGUGAAAUAGCAUUUGCAGUAUGAACAGUGAACUAGAAUUUAAAUAUUAAAAUAAUAACACAAGCUUUUUAUUACAAUUUUAUAUGAUUUCAUUUACAGACACCAGGCUUGUGGGCUGUUUUAAUAUAUUUAAUUAUAAGUUUCAGGAACAUAUUUUAUCUACUGUAUCUGGUUACUUAGCUAAUAGAUAUGUGCCUCUGUGAUUUUUUUUUCCUGUGUUCCUUUUAUUUAAAAAAGGAGUACGAACAGCUCCUUCAAAUGGACAUUUAUACUUGGAAAUUGUGCCUUUUCUAGUUGCUACUCUAGAAAAAAAAAACAGCAGAGAUUCUAUUUUUGUACUGAAACUCUUAAUGAGAACACAGAUUUUUAAAUAAGGCUUAUGUCAAACUUAACUGUAGUUGCACUGUUGGCAGGACUCUCCAGAAGUUUGGAGGUGACCUUUGUUUUUGCAUUUCACCACAAAUAUCCCCUGCCUUAAUGUUUCGGUGCCUCUGCUAGAGGAAAAGGAGUGUGGUCUGUCACUCUGAGCUUUAACUAUAGUAAAAAAAACUGAGCAAGUGAAUAUGUGAAUGUGUGUGCAGGGGUGUGUGUGGGUGUGUAUGAAGGACAGAAUAGCUCCUCCCUGUUCCUGGCUGAUAUUCCUGUUUUUAUACAAUUUAUAAUGAUUUAUUUAAAGGUGCAAUAUAUGAUUUACUGAAUAAUGAUCGCUCUAUUCUAAUAGAGUUUUACUCAGGUUGGUGUCUUUUUAUCAUUGUUGUUGUUUUUCCUCAAAUAUAUAAAUCUGUGAAAAUGUCGAACUAAGGUUCCAAGUAUCAAAGCACUCCCAAAACAGAUUGACUGGCUUUACUGUUUCUACCAAAACAGAUUGCACAAAAUUCUGCUGUAAAGACCAAUUUCUCAGUUGUUUUAGCUAUUCAAAACUGAGAUACAUCUUACCUGCCUGCAUCUCAUUGAUCUAAUGUAAUUGUUUUAUAAUUAUUUGCAAUAUACUGCUGCUGUUGUUUUAACUGGUCCUUUUAAAAACAGAACAAACAAGCCGAAAAUGCCUAGUUGCUGAUUUUACAAGUCAGGGAUUAGAUUGGAUUUAUUUUGCUGGUACAUAACUGUUAGACUUAUGAAGGCAUUACCAAUGAAGGACUUAAGUAGCUUGGGAGUGUGUGUCUUUUGGUCUUUGGAUCAUUGCACUGGUUGCAUUGCAGAGGAAUAUGAAGUUUAUGAAUUAUGCUAUAGAAUAGCUAUAAAGUGGUAAAAAUCUUAUGAAGGUUUAAUAACCACAGUCCCUGGAAUUCUGCUGCUUUUUUUUCGUUUGUUUCUUUUUUUGGGGUUUUUUGUUUGUUUUAGCAGAGUUGUCAGAAAAAGCUACAGAUACUAGGAGUAUAUGUGGCAUUACAGUGGAACCUGACGACCUCAAAGAAUCCACUGUCAGCUGAAGGAAGACAUAGGAAUUCCCGUUGCACAACUGUAACUUUACAGAGAUCCAGAGGAAUUUUUUACAACCUGGUGUGAAAUUGUGGUGUGCUGUGUGGGGAAAACUGAAGGACAAACCACAGUGCGCUUCGGCUUUUUUGUUUGGUUUUUUUUUUUUUUUGUAGCAGCCACUUGUACGUUCUUGAAUAUUUUUUUGUCUCUCUCUGAAAUACUUUAAAAAAAGAAAAAGAAAAAAAAAAAACAAAAAACCACCAAACAUUAAUGAUCCUGCCCAGCUCCAUCCAAACUGGCAGUCCACAUAGUCAAUCUCUCACCUGGCAUUCUUCCUAAGCUGCUGUCAGAUGACAAACCAACCACUUGGACCAAACCAAACCAUUCCAAAGGAACUGGGAGGGAAGAAAGUCUGCCUCUUACAGUCACAUUAUUUUUUUUUUAUCUCUUAAUCUUUUAAUUACUGCACAUGUGCAGAGCAUAGAGCCAGUAUUCAUUAUUCCAAGUCUCCCAAGAAUUUGCUGCCUUAGGGUGGUGAAUGCUCUCUUGCUUUAGAAGGCCUUUGUUUUGUAUAGCACAGAAGAGAGGGAGAUGAAUCUUCUACGCUAGAUCAUGUGUUUGCAUUAUAUUGCAGCAGAACAUCAGAAAACUAGCUAGAAUGGUAUGUGUUUCUGCCUAACCACUGCCCAGAUACUCUUACAGAAAACAAACGUGUCUGUCCCAUUGUUUUGAAGUUGGAAGCAGGCGCCAAAUUCUCACUUGUGUCAUCACCUAAUGAGUAUCCAUUUUUAAUACAACCGGAUGCAUGUGUUUUCUCAAAAGUGAUUCAUUGUGAGAAGAGACUGAAGUUUGAAGUAAGUGACCUGCUGAUUCCAGGUAUAGGUGGAAAAAGUUGGUAAGGCUUAAAAUGUUGUAAACAUGAAGUUGGCCAUAGUGUCAAUGUGAAUAAGUAGGACAUGCCUCAUAGGAUAUCUCUGUAGGAAGAGGAGGAUUACAGGUAAUACUCUACCUUGUGGAUCUGUCUUGGUCAAGAUGACUUGAAUUCCUGCAAAUAACUUUUCCCUGCCUUCUGACGUUCUCUGUUACAGUUGCCAAGAUCUGUCUCUUUGGUCAGUGUUUUCUCUUGUUGCUUAUCGAAAGCUACCCACUUUCCAGGCUGAAAGCUCUACUGUGUGGAAAUUACAUCUCCUGCAUUUCUGUUCUACUCUUUUUCCCAUUUGGGGCCUGCUUAAGAAGGGAAAAAUGAUGUGUUUCAAAUAAGUGACUGUUGAAUAUCUUGAAAUGAUGUACAAAUUUUAUUGUUUUCAUAUUUGUUGUACAGGAAGUUUCAGCACAUGUCUAUAAUGUUUUUAAUGGUUUGAUUUGUUUUAAAAAAUAUAAAAAUAACAAUUAAAAAGCAUCAUCCUAGAG